AUGGAUGCGGACACUCAAGCUCUCGUCGACAGGAGAUCUGGCGAAUUGGUCCAAUGGCACAUAUACUGGACAACACCAGCUCUCAUAGUAGCGUUGUUCAUGGCUGGAUUCGCGGCGGCAGUGGGCCAUCACUUGUUUUACAUGCAUCUCAAUGGGAAGCCGGCCACCGAGCAACUGAAGAUGGUGCGAUAUGGUACAGCCUUGGCUUUCUUUGUGAAAAGCACACUGGUCGGGACCGUUAUCAUGUGCAACCGUCAGCGCAUAUGGUAUACCUUCCGACGAAAGGCGAUGACGAUCAAUGGUAUUGAUGGCCUGUUUUCUGCAACGGAAGAUCCGACGCAGUUCUUCCUCAACUGGGAGAUGAUCAGAAAUGGCAAGCUUGCUACGCUCAUGGCAGCCUGUACCUGGGAGUCUACAUACAAUUUUCGGGACAUGAGUAAAUUCUGGCAAAAGAGCUUGAAUUUCUACAACACCACUGAGCCAAUCGAAGAGGAAAGGAGAGAUGGAGAAUUCUAUCCCGCGGCAACGGGUACAGGAAGCUUCUUCGACUACUACGAUCAGCCGUCGAAGAAUGCACGCCGAUUAGCCUUCAGCGCAUUCGAGAACGAGCCAAACCUUUGGAUCGGAUACGCCAUCAACACCUCCAAGCCGUACUCGCACGAUGCAGAACCGGAGUACAAGGCCAAAUGGGGAAAUUUACAUGAGCCGAAGAUAUUCAAAUGCGUCAUGCAAUACACCAGAUAUACUUUCAACAUGAGCUACAAUCCUAGACAGUCCGCAACCCGCUUGGAACGAGAAUUCCUGCGACCGGUCAUCGGCGACCAUCCCAUCGAACCCCAGAAAAAUACCGAAGAAUACAAAGUAACGGCUUCCUUCCAUACUCUAGGUUCACUCCUACGACGCUUCCUGCGUGGCAAAAUCGAAAAGCAAAAGAUCCUCAUCACCUACUCGGAUCUAUCUGAGACGCGAUUAGUCAACAGCAGCACCUCGUACCCAUUGGUGGAUCUGAAGACAGAAAUACAAGACCUCUUCGAAGAUAUACUAAUCACUCUUCUCAACGACCCAAAUCUAGCCGUGGUUCAGACGCAAGAAGUGCCCUGCACAAAGUCCCGAACCAUGGUGGUAUACGUGUAUUAUAAACACUCUCUCUGGAUCGGAUACGCAAUCGUCAUCGCGAUUACUUUCGCUUUCAUCCUGGUUGGCGCAUGGUCGCUCCACAUGAACGGGGUAGCUUCGGAUGUGCUCUUCUCUCGCAUUAUGGCUACCACCCGUAAUCCUACGCUGGAUCAUUUGAGUGUUGGGGCAUGCUUGGGUGGAGACCCCUUUCCCAAGGAGCUGGCGAAGACGAAGUUGCGCUUUGGUGUACUCCUUGAAGAUGAUCCUAGGGAGGGACCUUUGGGCAAGGUGGAGCAUUGUUGCUUUGGUACUAUGGGCGAAACGAAGGAGAUUGUCAAAGGUGGCACGUAUGCAGGACUGAAGGAGUAUAGGGCCGAUGCAUGA